AUGAACGACCGCGAACUGAUGUUCCUACCGGCGCACGAACAGCGCCAGAUGAUCUUGGACGGCAAAAUCUCGUCUGUAGAGUUGACCGAGGCGUCGCUACGAAGAAUCGAUGAACUAGAUUCGCAACUCAAUGCCUUCGUCACACUCGACGCGGACGGAGCCAUCGCAGCUGCAACAGAAUGCGACCGUAAACACGCUUCAGGUGAAAAACCAGGUUCGUUGCUGGGUGUUCCCAUCGGAGUCAAAGACCUCGAAGUAACGAACGGGUUGCGCACGGCUCUCGGAUGUACCGCAUUCGCCGAUUGGGUGCCGGAUUACGACUCCGCGGUGGUUGGACGAUUACGCUCCGCAGACGCAGUGAUAAUGGGCAAGACCAACACACCUGAAUUCGGCAACAGUGCCGAGACGUUCACAGACCUGUUCCCGUCCGCAAACAACCCGUGGGACGUUACGCGACAUCCUGGGGGUUCGAGCGGCGGCACGUCUGCCGCAAUCGCAUCAGGGAUGUUUUCUCUCGGUAGCGGGACCGACGGCGGUGGAUCUGUAAGGUUGCCAGCGUCAUUCACUGGCAUUUUUGGCCAUAAACCCACCCAUGGCCGCACUCCACGGCUUCGGCGGGCGAUCCAUGCCGUCCUACAACUGCACCAGCACGACUGGGCCAAUGUCCCAAGACGUGCGAUCGUCAGCCAUCAUGCACAUGGCCAUUUCAGGACACGAUCCACGAGACCCGGUUCACUCAAAUCGCCCGUCCCCGACUGCAUCGCCGGUCUGGAAGACGGCAUCAAGGGAUUGAAAGUCGGAUUCUCGAUGGACCUCGGUUACGCCUACGUUAAUGACGACGUCGCUCGGGUCACCGAGGAAGCAGUCAAAGGGUUGGAGGAUGCCGGCGCUACCGUAGUCAACGCCGACAUCAGCUUCGAUCCUGUGCCCGCGGAGUAUUGGUGGAAGAUUUGGACCGCUGGUCAAGUGGCGAUGUACGGACACCUCGCGGAAGACCCCGAUGUCAAUCUAACUGACUACACCAUGGAGAUGGUGAACGCCGGCUAUGGCGUAACCGGAGCCGACUACGCGAGUGCGCUUCGUCAAGCCGAGAUCCACCGCAUUCAAGUAGGGCAACUCUUUGACGAGUUUGACCUGCUCGUAACGCCAACGACGGCGGUCGAAGCGUGGCCGCACCGAAAGACACCGAUGGAACUCGGCGGCCACAAGCUCGAAGAGGGCAUCGCCAACCCAUCUGCGCUCCCGUUCACUGCGCUGUGGAAUAUCCUCUGGAACCCAUGCGCGUCGGUGCCAUGUGGUUUCAGCGACAGCGGUAUGCCACUCGGGCUGCAAAUCAUCGGACCAGUCGAUGACGACCCGAUCGUUUUUAGAGCAUCACGAGCUUACGAGCUGGCGCGGCCUUGGACAUCCACGCGACCUAAGGUGUCCUGA